AUGACAGAUAUCUUAAAACGUGCUGGCAUGACAGACUGUAAACCUCGAGCCACUCCUAUCUCUGCUUCUAAACCCACUAUCUCUAAUGCUGAUUUAUAUGACGAUGUCACACACUAUAGAAGUCUGGCAGGUGUUUUGCAAUAUCUUACAGUUACACGCCCAGACUUAUCCUUUACAGUAAAUCAGCUGUGUCAGCACAUGCAUGCGCCUACAGUCUCGCAUUGGGAGCAAUUGAAGCAUGUUAUAAGGUAUGUAAAGGGAACUAUCACUUCUGGUUUGCGAAUUUGGCGAUCAGUAUCCAGAGAAUUACAUGCUUUCUCAGAUUCUGAUUGGGCUGGCUAUCAUGAAGAUCGUAAAUCAACCAGUGGGUAUGCAGUUUUUCUUGGUUCUAAUCUUAUAUCGUGA